UAAAUAUUUUUCGUGACAAGUUCGAAACUUCGGUUAUUUACCAAUUAAUCAAAACAUGGCUUCCUUGGCAACAGCAGGUGCCUUGUAAACUGAGAUGUGAUAUCUUUUGGACUGAAAUGGACCGAUUCACUUUCUGAGUGAGGGAAAUAUAUCAACAGAUUUGAAUCUUACUUGUCAAAACAAAAAUGGCAGUUCCUCUGAUUCCAGUAAUCAAAGGCAUUCCCACCAUAUUUGGUGAGGUUUUGGAGAGAAAUGUCACAUUUUGUAUUGACACAUCCGGGAGUAUGUACAAGGGACUGGAUGUGGUAAAAGAGCAUUUGGUAGAAACCUUGUUAAAGCAGGCCAAUAAGCCCAACUGUAUGUUCAACAUCAUAGAGUUUAACUCUGAAGUCACCCAGUGGGCUGAUAAGAUGGUGAAAUGUACACCAGAAACUGUGGCAGUGGCAGCCACAUGGGUGAAAAAACUUAGUGCUAAGACUGGAACCAACACACAAGGUGCUCUAUUGACCGCGCUCUCUGACAGAAACUGUGAAGCCGUAUAUAUAGUAACAGAUGGUCUCCCAGAUCAGCAUCCUCAAGACAUUUUAGAUCAUGUCGGAUUGGCUGGACACAACCGUCCGAUCCAUUGUAUAUAUUUGUGUUCGGAGGAUAACACGGAUCACGUGUCCAUCGAGUUUCUGGAGGAUUUAGCCGUGGAGUCGUUCGGAUCUUUUCACAUCGUUACUCUCACUAUUCACGGAUGUGUGGAACGCAUCACACCCAUCUACCGCGCGGAUCACGCUCACGAGAGAAUCAUUAGAACCAUGAACGGAACUAUCCAUAACUCCACCAAAAACUGUGGAGUAUCCACCACACUUUUAGUUGACCCAGAGGAGAGCCUUCGCCUCACCCCCAGGGUGUCCCUUCUUGGCCAUCCCCACCCUGUACCUGAUCCCCUGGGGUACCCAUACUGGGACACGUGGAAAAACUGGUUUUUCCACCCCUAUAGGUAUUACUAUCCACAUGAGUGGAGUCGAUACAGACCUGCUCGUGGAUGGCUGAAGGCUCAGGACCAGAUGAUGAGUUCCAUGGAGAAUUCCUCGGUCUCUCCGGCUGCCGGAGCGCUGCUAAUCGGAAAGAAAGUUUUAGCCAGGAGGAUUGAUGAUGGAUACUUCUACAUUGGAACUGUCCAAAGCCAGAAAGGAGACUAUAUUUUGUCGGACAAGUUUCUGGUGGCAUUCGGUCCAUGUAAACAUGGGAAAUAUAAUGAAACCAAGUACCAGGACACAUUUAUAUUCGACAUCAUCGAUUACGAGGAUGCCAAGCGGCACACGAUACAGACGGGGGACAGAGUCCUGGCCACCUGGGAGCCGGAGGGGGAGAGGUUCUGCCCCGGGGUAGUCAUUGAGGGGCAGGAGAAAAGACAGGUGGAUGGACCUGAUGAUAGGCAAAUCACAGUCACAUUCGCCAAUGGCAAAACAGAGAAGGUUCCUAUGGAUGUUGCCAUAUGGACCCCUGAACAAGUUUAUGAACGACUGACCCUUGAACUGAAGAUGCCAAAGGAAGCUAGGCUCUCACUCCAAAACCAGGAACCACACUACCCUAAAGAGAACCUGGAGGGGUACCCCACAACAGGGCCCAAUGCUGAUCCCCCAGAAUUCCCCCCACCCAACCCAUUCCAUUUCCAAAAUGACCCAGUUUUCAUGGAUUGUUUCCCUUGGGGAAAUGGCUAUGUCCAAGCUUAUCCACAGAUUCAGAGGCCGCCGAAUGAAUCCAUGCUACAAACUAGGUCUUCGGUCAAGAGCGAGGAAAUAAAUAAACUUAUCCCAGGCACCAACAUUACGCAAAAAGAGCUGGAUGACAGAGUCGUGUCACAGUUGGUUGAACACAAGCUUCUUCUGGACGAGAGACAGACAGAAAAAGACAACAAGGAGGUAGAGAGGGAAGAGGAGCUGAGGAGAAGGGAGGAGGAGAGAAGGGAGGAGGAGAGAAGGGAGAGACAGACACGAAUGAGGAUGAUGGAGGAAGAAAUGAGGCGAAGAGAAAUAAACACGUGUCUCAGGCAGGAGGUGGAUUUACGAAGAGAAGAGGAAGAGAGGAUGGCUCAGAAAGUUAAAGAAGAGUAUGAAAAGCAGAAGGUGGAAGCAGAAGAGGAAUACAGAAGGAAAAAAGAGGAGGAGGUCAGAAGGAUGAAGGAAGCUGAGGAGGAAUACAGAAGGAAGAAGGAAGAGGAGAUUAGAAGGAUGAAGGAAGCUGAGGAGUUUUUGAGGAUGAGGCAGGAAGGAAGUGCAACAGUAGAACAAAAGAAGGAAGUAGAGAUCUCAAAUGACAGGGAAGUGGAAAUCUUGUCACAGGAAAAGGAAGAUUUGGAGAGAUCUGCCCUGGAAGAAAGGCAGAGAACUUUGGAGAGAGAAAGGGACAGACACAGAGCACGGCUGCAUGAAAUAGAAAAGGAGAUCGAGAUGGAGAGGAUGAGGCUUUUGAGGAAGAGAGACAAGCAGGAAGAGAAUCUGCUGAGAAAGUCAGUGACUUUUGAGGACCAACUUAAUGAAUACGACCUUGAGAUAGAUAACAGCAGGGUACAGUUCGGGUCACGACCUGUGUCUGAUGAUGAAGAAAAAUAUAGAGAGGAGUUCAACUUUGACAAAUUUUACAAAGAAAAUGGCUACAGAUGCAAUAGAUCAGCCUUUGCUCCACCCAAAAAACUGGCCAACUUCAUGAGACGAAGACCCAGAUCAGCAGAGUCAAGAAAACCCGAGUGGAAGAAAUACUGGUCAACGAACAGCAUCCCUGACAUCAUAGAACCACCCAACCAUGGAGCGUUCCGGGAGACUGCACUCCAAGCUCCACUGGAGGCCAGGGAUCUCCGCAGAUAUCCCUAUGCUUGUGAGUGGACAUCUCCUGUAUAUAAGUAUGUAGAUCCGUUUGCCAAAAGUAAAUGUACCUCCACAGUGGAACAGUUAAUGAGGACACCUAAGCCCCCGGAGGGAGGAUAUCAGCCUGCCCCUCCUGUAGAAAUCAGAGGGGCACGACCAAUGUCAGCCGACUCUAAAGAGGCCGCCAGGCGGGAGUUCAGGAGAGUGAAAGUAGCUCAAAGAAACACGAAAUGGAACGAACGUCUCCGAAAUGAACAAUUGAUGAAAGAGGUCAUGCAGGACAACCACAGGGAGAGGAUCAUAGCACAAAUGGAGCGCGACCAACAGCGACUAAUGAAAGAGCAGCAAACCGUGGAGCAAGCACAAAAAGCCAAGAAAUAUAUCUCUGCGGAACUCCGUGCUAAAAUGGAAAAACGAGAACUUGAGAACAAAAAAAAGGAACAGAACAGGAUUGAGGCGAUGCGCCAGCGACGAGAACGUCGCGAGGCGGAGACAGCGAAGAAACAGGCAGAGGAGGAAAAGAUUGCCGAGAUGAGGAAGGAGGCCAGAGUUCAGAGGUCACAGCAGCGGUGGGACGGGGUACAUAGUCGUCUCCAGCAGGAGGAGGCAGAGAACCAGACCCAGGGGGAGAGGGUCCGCAACGCAAAGAUCAACCGCAUCCACCACUACCAGCAGCUCGAGGAGGAGGGGCAACAGCGCAAAGACGUCCGCAUCAAAGUCAGCGACCAGCACCUGGCGUUAUUAAGGUCACAGGUGUUACCUUGAGGGGGUGUGUCUGUGAAAACUAGGUCACCUGGAUUUUUAAUGAUUAUUAAAACUUUUUAGAUAAACGUUUAGGUACAGUAACUUAUAGAAUUUUUUUUUUAUUUCUGAGUGUUUUGUUGAAUUUGUAUCAAAGAACAAGAGGAAUUUGAAGAAUUUGUGUCGGAUAUUAGAUUUAGAUUCGGUUCUUGUAUUAUAGAGGAAUUACGUUGUAAUGAUUUUAAAAAUGCAAUUUCAUUUACCUGUUUCUUUGCUCAAUGCUUUUGGGAUAAUAACAUGGUUAUGGUAUCUCAAAACAUCAAAACAUUCUCAAUCAAAAUUCCUAAUAUAAAAAAUCUAAAACGUCAGUUUGAAAUAUAGGCAUAUUUUUUCAGUAAUUCUGAGAAAUCUUUACCUUCAUGUUCGAUAUAUUUUGAUUGACUGUAUUUCCAAAUACUGUACUGGUUUUAUUAAAACAUACAUUCAUUUAAUUUUAUUUCAAUAUUUAAUUAAAAAUUGUCCUAGUUAAAUUAUUCCCAAAAUAUUAUUUAAUAAUAACAUAGUUAAAAGACUAUUGUGAAUAUUUUAUGUAAUUAUUCAUUUAUUAAAGCUGCUUUUAGAAUGUGUGCGUUUAUGAAUUUCAAAUUAACAAAAGAAUUUUGUAAUUAAUAUUUGGAACUAGAUUAGAAUGAGGAUUUGGGGGUACUUAUAUAUACCAGAACCGAUACAUAUGUACAUGUUUUAUAUUGAUUUGGGGGUACUUAUAUAUACCAGUACCGAUACAUAUGUACAUGUUUUAUAUUGAUUUGUAGAAGCUGUUUUUACUUGUGUAUGCAAUAAGCUAGUCUUUUAAACUAAUGAAUUGAAGACAGAAAACUUGGAUUUAUCAUUGUGUUUUUAUGUAUAUAGACAGAUAAAUUUUAGUUCUGUUAGAAUAUCAUGAGAGUCAUAAUUUUUAUUAAUUUAUUUUACAUAUAAUUAUGAUUAUUGAAACUCUUAGGAAAAAAAUUAUUCUUUACUGAUUUGAAAGUAAGAAAUUAAUUUCAAAAAUAAUUAGUAAGAAAUCUCCCUAAAUUAAUCAAAACCAAUGUCACAUUUCAAGGGGCAUAACUCAAGCUAGACAUCACCAUUAUAAUUUCUGCAUAAGGUGAUAUUAAAGCUUUAUCAUUUUAUAAUAGAUGUAUAAAUACUAAAAAGUAGUGUUCUCAGUAUUACUGUUUUUGCUCAAUCUUUGAAAAGAAUGAUAGAAAAAAAAAAUCUUUUGAAGAAUUAGCCCAGAAUGCUGACGUAGCUAGUCUACAAUAAUCUUGAUUCAUAUCUUUCAAUGAACGCAUUAUAUGUAUUUUUAUUUCACACACAUGCAUAUUUGUAAAAGUUUUUACAAUAUUGUUAAAUUAAGUCUUUGAUUUUUUCAAAAUAAUAAUGUAUAUUGUGGUAUAAAAGAGGAGAGUGGACAUGGGUGUAUAUGUUUUUACAAAUCAACGAAUGAGGACGUCAGGUGCAGAUAUUUGACCACCAAACAACACGAUUGUUUUGUUACUUCUUCAGUUAAUGUCCGUUCUGUUAGUACCAAAUACCGGUAUAUGGGAUACAUAUAUUACUGCAUUCCCAUUUCUCUGUUUUGCUACAGAAUGGUUGUGAUGCCCACCAUUAAGACUUAAAUUAUCUAGCUCCUAUUUUGAAUUCAAUUCUUAUUUUAACAGAAAAAUUGUUUGAUAUAUAGUUGUUUAUAACAUCAAUCAAACCUGAGUGAACAAUUCAACAUCUUUGUAAAGCUGCUUUAACAUAAGGAUCAGGUAUACAUGUAUAAUACUGUAAAAGGGUUUCCUUUUCAGAAAGUUGAAAAAGAAUGAUUUUAUAAAAACUGGUCUUCUGUCCAAAUCAUCAAAGGACAGGGCUAAACUUGGUGAUGCUCCAACACAGUUUCAUUUUCCCUGUCUGUUUGUCUGUCUGUCUGUAGGCAUUGUGUUCUGUUGAAGACUGUGAUAAACCAUAUAUUAUUUUUGUUGUUGCUUUUUUCUUUGUAUAUUAAGUCGGGAGGUCAUGGUAGUUUGUUUGCAAUGUGAUGUAUUAAUACUUUGCUUAUGAUAGUUGUUACAGAGAUGAGGAAUAAAGUCUAAGGUAGAAACAA